CUCCGAGUUCAGCAGCCAGUUAUUGUCCCGCGGGCUUUGGACGCACAACAGAAUUAAUCUGGUUCCCUGGAUUUGACUUACUACCAACCGAGGCAGAAGAAACUCCCCUUUGGACACCAUUGGAUAAGCAUACAACCAAUCAGAGGAAUGAAGCAUGUGACAUGCACAGAGUGAUCAAAAAGACUAGCAUCAACAAAAGACAUCCAAAAUGGGUGGAGUCGGAACGCUGCGUCCAACGAAGUUCAUCAUUGACAGAAGACGACUGACAAGUUUCCUCUGACGGCGGCGGUGGUCGGGUCGGACAUGAUGCCGGGACAGAUACCUGACCCUUCGCUGGCGGCGGGCUCACUGCCCAGCCUGGGCCCGCUGGCAGGCAUCUCAGCCACCACGAUCACGGAUCAGCUGAAGCUGGCAGACUUCCGCCAGCUUGGCACCAUGCUGUCCCCGUUGCAUUUCCUUGGGAGGUUGGGGAAGAGGCCGCUAACCAUCAAGACAGAGAUGGAUGAAGAUGAAGAAAGGAGGAAGCGAAGACGAGAGAAAAACAAAGUAGCAGCAGCACGGUGCCGAAACAAAAAGAAGGAACGUACUGACUUCCUUCAAAGGGAAUCGGAGCGACUGGAAAUGGUGAACUCUGACCUGAAGGCCCAAAUUGAAGAGCUCCGUCUGGAGAAGCAGCAGCUAAUGGUGAUGCUCAACCUCCACCGCCCCACGUGCAUAGUGAGGACCGACAGCGUCAAAACACCAGAGAGUGAGGCCAACCCCCUGCUGGAGCAGCUGUCCCCCGAAACCAAGUGAAAACGGGUAAACCAGGGACUCAGAGUUCCUGAAGCCCACACUAGCACCGCAGUGGAUGCCAUUUAAAUAACAUAACUGGCGAUACAAUUCUGAACAUGCACUUGAGCUCCAAGCUGGACACUUUUGCCCAAAGAUCUGAGGUUAUGGGAUUUCCUGAGUAAUGCUACAUGAGCUGGCUCUGUCCAUUGGAAGACUGGAAAUACCCAGUUUCAUCUCCACGUGUUGUUGUUGACACCCGCUGUGCCUACUUGUUACUUCAACCAUCUCUACAUAAAGGGACCAAAGGACACAGCAGAGUAUGUCUGCAAACGGCGCCGAGGAAACACACUAAUAGCAACAUGGUGCUCUGUUACAAAAGCCCUGUAGAUUAUGUGGCAAUGUUUCAAUGCAGAGGCUCACAAGGACUACGUGUUUUGCAGUUUUCAUACGUAUGCUAUCUGAAAUAUACGGUGUAGAGUUUUUAAGUUACGAUACUCGAUACAAAUACACCAGAUGGAGUACAGUUUUUAGUUUUUUGUUGGUUAUUUUUAAAUGUUUGUCUAUACCCUGCCUUGACGAUGGCAGUAACCGGUUGAUCCGAUUCGUGGUGACGCUGGCGUCAUGAAAAGCACAUAUUCAAAAUGUUUACACCCUUAUUUUUUGGACUUGUCUGUUUUAUUAUUGUACUUGUUUUAUACUGCUUUGUAUACAUAAACAUAUGAAAAGCUUGUUAAUCACUUGAUGUGAUUGGUCUCUUCAGUCUUUCAUGUUGCGCUGUCAAACAGCUGUGAAAACGAGCAGAAAUCUCAGCUGAGCAGUAUUUCAGUGUCUAUUCUGUACUCAUAUCAUAUGUAUGACCUCUCAUACCCUGAAUAGAUUAAAUUUUAUUUUCUGACUACAAGAA